CAAAAUAACUGCAGUGUAAAAACUUUCACUAUCACAGAAACAAGAUGUCUGGUGCUAACAGUGACCUUUUGCAUAGUUCAACCCUGAGUGUUUAUAACAACCUCAUGGAUCAGUUUAAUCCUGGUUUACAAAAGCUGGUUGUUUUGGGAAACCGCUACACCAAAGCAUUUCAAGCCCUGGCUCUGUCGAGUGAGGCCUACUUCAGUUUUCUUGCUAAGAUGGGCGUGCAGGCGCUCAACACUUUAUCAUCCAAAUCGCUUGGUGACGUGCUGAUUCAGAUAUCAGAGACCCAGCGGAAGCUGACGGCUGAGGUGGAGGGUGUGUUUUGUUGGUUUCAUGUGGAGGUUCUGCAGGCCAUGGACAAGAAUGUGAAGCUGGAUGAGGAGUACAUUGAGGGCAGCCGUAGAGUGUAUGAACUGGAGGUGAGGAAUCAGGCAGCGGCCCUGGAGAGACAGCUGAGACGUGGAGCGUUCAGAGACACACUGGAGGGUAGCGAGUACAUGCAAUACCUGAGACAGAGCCAGCAUGAAAUUCUCAAAGAGGAAGAAAGAAGGUAUCGUUUCCUGGCUGAGAAACACUGCGGACUCACGCAGUCGCUACUGUUUCUUAUCAACAAGACGGGGGUAUCUCUCCAGCAGAGAGCCGAGGGGUGGAAAGAGAAAGUCAGCGAGACCAGGAGUUCCAGACCGCGAACGCCCACUCCGUCAGAUCAAGAGGCUCAGUUAAAAAGUUCCCUGGGCUCUCUUCUUCAGACUGGAGAUUGUGAAAUGCAGCGUGAGCCGCUGGGCAGAGUGCCCUCUAGAGCCCCGUCUCCGAUGCCCAGUCGGUCUCGCUCCAGCUCUGUGGGUGAGUCUUUGGGUCUGGGUGGUGGUCGCUCUAUGAGGGCCAUGGUACCUCAUCUCCCCUCAUCCAAUCCAGUCCUGCUGCCGUUUUCCCGCGGUGACAUGGUGACUGUACUCAUACCAGAACCCCGGAACGGUUGGCUGUACGGACGUCACGAAUCAAGCCUCCGUCAAGGCUGGUUUCCUGCUGCUUACGUGGCUGGCGCUGACGAUUUUUUACCCUUGGGUUCAAGUGGGCCGUCACACCGAAGCCACAGCAUGAACAACCUCCUGGAGCCAACCAGCCAAUCAGAAGCUUCAGACUUUCAAAGCUAUAGCGACAUCACAACCAUGCGUCGAGCUUCGGCCGAUCUGCGCCCGGUCUCUCCGCUCCCUGUCAAUGAGGGCAAGAUCAUUCAAAAGACCUACAACGAGAUCCCAGCCCCUGCCGUGCCACAACGCCGCGGAUCAGCUGACAUUCGGAGGGCGGAGUCUCAUUUUGAGAGCAAAGUGGAGCAUAAAAGUUAUGAACUGCUGCUUCCAGCUCCGCCCCUUCCGAACUCCCCUCUGCCUAUGCGAAAGGUGGAAUCAAGCUCUGAGAGGGCAGCUGCCCAUAGACAACAACAAGAGCACCCUCUUUUUCCCAGAGGGUCAAAUCCUUUCGCCACCGUGAAGCUCCGCCCCACAGUCACCAACGACAGAUCAGCACCACGGAUCCACUGACGGUUACCAUGGCGAUAAAACAUCAUCUGAACUCUGACUGGCUCAGAGUCUCUGUACUAAAUGUCAAACUCUGUCUGUCAGGCAAGCAGUAUACACUUUAAAUUACUUUAGAUUUUAUCAAUUAAAGUCACCUUAGAUUUUACUAAAUUUAAA